CUGUGAUAAUAUUUAUAACACGUUAUGCUUUGUUUACGGAAGUAGAAAGCACGUACGGUCAAAGUGCAUGAACUCAUGAAGUUCAUGACGAUAUUUUUAUAACUUACUCCAUGAUUGUGUGUGCAGACUUUUGAUCACUUAUAUGUAUAUAAUGCAGCAGUCUGCAUUUGAUUCCCUUCAAUUGCAAACAAAUGGUUCAAGAUUUCGUGUUUUGGUUGGUUUGACUGGUAGUGUAGCUGCUCUCAAAGCGCCGUUGUUGGUAACACAACUCCUUGAAAUACCAGAGGUUGAUGUACGUGUGGUCACCACAGACCACGCCACUCAUUUUUAUAGCAUCAGUGAAGUCCCUGUUCGUGUAUACACAGAUAAAGAUGAAUGGGAGAUAUGGACAAAGCGCACUGACCCUGUGCUUCAUAUUGAACUUAGACGGUGGGCGGAUCUUUUAGUCAUUGCCCCACUUGAUGCCAAUACACUUGGCAAAAUUGCCAAUGGAAUCUGUGACAACCUCCUGACAUGUGUGGUUCGGGCUUGGGACACAAGCCGUCCUCUGCUCUUCUGUCCUGCUAUGAACACAGCCAUGUGGCAUCACCCUAUCACUGCACAGCAGGUGGCCACACUUAAAGGCUUUGGCUAUGUUGAGAUCCCAUGUAUUGCGAAAAAACUUGUCUGUGGAGAUGAAGGUAAAGGUGCCAUGGCCGAGGUUUCAACUAUUGUUGAUACUGUCAAACAAUACCUUCAGAAACCUGCUGAAUGAUUUCAAACUUUAUUUAAAAGAUAUGUUAUAUACGUUGUGGUAUGAUAUAAGUUAUGUUAUUUCAAUGUUCUAUAGUUUUUUUUUUUUACAGAAGUUUGAAUAAAUUGUUCUUUUUUUUGUUAAAAGUUUCGUUUUAGUUACACAUUAUAACUGAAUGUUAGAAUUAGGUACUACAAAAGUAUAUUCACAGUGAUGCCAUAGACAAACCUUUUUUGGUUCUCCAAAGAACCAUUCAGUCAAAAGUUCUUAAUUGGACCAUUACUUUCUUAUUUUUUUUUUAUUGUUUAAAACACCUUUUACCACUGCAAAGAACAUUUUCUGGACAGAAAGGUUCUUUGGAUGUUAAUUAAGGUUAUGGAACCAUACAGCCAAAAAUGGUCAUUCUGUGGCAUUGUGUAGUACUUUUCUUUUUAAGAGUGUUGUAUCCCUAUAAUUGAUCCUCAAUUUUAUAAGCACAUAUUAAUGAAAAGCAGAUGCUCCCAUUUCAAAACAAAUUCUCCAAAAGUCUAAUGUAGUUUUAGGGUUAGGGUCAGUGCAGCUAUAAAGACUGUUAGUUCAUAUUCGCUGUAUAAUUGCUGUAUAAUAUGGAUCAAUAUUAGAUAGAUUAGUUUAAAUAUUAAAAUGUAUUAAGGUGUUGAGUUGUAUCAAGCAUGUAGUUGAAUAGUAAUCACCUUAUAAAGAAACAGUUAUUUACUUUGAAUGAAAGUCUACCAAAUUAAUCUCUUCUCCACGAAUAAGCUGGUGGGCGUUCUGGCGCAAUGUGGGUACCGUUGCAUCAUCCAAGUGGUGGUUGAGAAAAAUUCCCUCUUAAAUAUGUAAAGCGCUUUGAGUGCUUCAGAAAUGCGCUAUAUAAAUGUAACAUAUUAUUAUUAUUAUUAUUAUUAUUAUUAUUAUGAUACACUCACCUAAAGGAUUAUUAGGAACACCAUACUAAUACUUUGUUUGACCCCUUUUCGCCUUCAGAACUGCCUUAAUUCUGGCAUUGAUUCAAAAAGGUGCUGAAACAAUCUUUAGAAAUGUUGGCACAUAUUGAUAGGAUAGCAUCUUGCAGUUAAUGGAGAUUUGUGUGAUGCACAUCCACAGCACGAAGCUCCCGUUCCACCACAUCCCAAAGAUGCUCUACUGGGUUGAGAUCUGGUGAUUGUGGAGGCCAUUUUAGUACCGUGAACUCAUUGAUAUGUUCAAGAAACCAAUUUGAAAUUAUUUGAGCUUUGUGACAUGGUGCAUUAUCCUGCAUGUACAUGGUGGUCAUAAAGGGAUGGACACGGUCAGAAACAAUGCUCAGGUAGGCCGUGGCAUUUAAACGAUGCCCAAUUGACACUAAGAGGCCCAAAGUGUGCCAAGAAAACAUCCCCCACACUAUUACACCACCAGCCUGCACAGUGGUAACAAGGCAUGAUGGAUCCAUGUUCUCAUUCUGUCUACGCCAAAUUGUGACUCUACCAUCUGAAUGUCUCAACGGAAAUCGAGACUUAUCAGACCAGGCAACAUUUUCUUCAACUGUCCAAUUUUGGUGAGGUCGUGCAAAUUGUAGCCUCUUUUUCCUAUUUGUAGUGGAGAUGAGUGGUACCCGGUGGGGUCUUCUGCUGUUGUAGGCCAUCAUCCUCAAGGUUGUGUGUGUUGUGGCUUCACAAAUGCUUUGCUGCAUACCUCGGUUGUAACAAGUGGUUAUUUCAGUCAAAGUUUCUAUUUUAUCAGCUUGAAUCAUUCGCCUCAUUCUUCUCUGACGUCUAGCAUCAACAAGGCAUUUUUGCCCACAGGACUGCCGCAUACUUACACACUAUUCUUUGUAAACCCUAGAAAUGGUUAUGCGUGAAAAUCCCAGUAACUGAGCAGAUUGUGAAAUACUCAGACCGGCCCGUCUGGCACCAACAACCAUGACAAGCUCAACUUUCCCAUUCUGACAUUCAGUUUGGAGUUCAGGAGAUUGUCUUGACCAGGAUCACAUCCCUAAAUGCAUUGAAGCAACUGCCAUGUGAUUGGCUGAUUAGAUAAUUGCAUUAAUGAGAAAUUGAACAGGUGUUCCUAAUAAUCCUUUAGGUGAGUGUAUAAUCAGAGGAAGAAGCCUUAGUUUUGUUAUAUAUUCAGAAGAAAAUCAAAAGAAACAAAACUCUGGGAAUGUUUAAAUCUUUACAUUUAUGGUUCUUUUGGAAACUUGAGUGUCAACAAUAAAUCCUAAAUGUGUGAUUAUCUUUAAAAUCAUAGUUCUGUUUUGCCUUAGCCACAAUUAUAGAAAGCCAAUUUGCUUGAUAAAAUAAUGCUAGUGAGCUCGCUAAAAAAACUACCAAAAGAAAAUGUAAAAGACCUUAAAAUAAGAUAAUUUGCCACUGUUUAAAAAGGGAGUUUUAAAAUUAAUUUUCAGAUUAACUACAGGCGUCUCAACUUUAUGUGAGCAAUAAAUAACAUAUAUAAAACUGUUAUGAUCAGUCCUGAAGAAAAAACACAUGACUAUAAGUUUAUGCAACCGGCCACUGGAACUCCUCUUUGCAAGAGAUUUCUGUCUAUGAUAUAGAAGAGACUGUCAUAUACCCUGCUAAGAUGUUUGGUAAACAUGUCUUUGGGGUUAGAAAAGGCUGUAUCUGUGUCACUUUGAUUUAA